CAGUGCAUCUUUUUUUCCAUCAAUAUCCCGGCCGCCAUCUUCCUUACGUGUUAUGGUCGGUGGAGACGAAAUAUCUUCUGGAAAUUUUGUCUCCCACACCAACCAAGAUGACUGCUCACGAUCAAAUGAAGGCGAUGCUGGACCAAUUAAUGGGCACAGGAAGAAAUGGUGAAAACAGUAAAUAUCAAGUGAAAUUCACCGAUACCAAGGUGUGCAAGAGCUUCCUUCUCGCUUGCUGCCCUCAUGAAAUCUUAUCUUCUACGCGAAUGGACCUCGGAGAAUGUCCCAAAAUUCACGAUCUCGCACUUCGCGCAGAUUAUGAACAAGCCAGCAAGAAAAGGGACUACUACUAUGACAUUGAUGCAAUGGAACAUCUACAAUCUUUUAUUGCUGACUGUGACCAUCGUACAGACUUAGCAAAGCAAAGGCUUCUUGAAACUCAAGAAGUACUGUCUGCUGAAGUUGCUGCUAAAGCAAACAAAGUACAUGAGCUUGCUGAACAGAUUGGUAAAAAACUGGCCAAAGCAGAAAUGCUUGGGGCUGAAGGUCUGGUGGAUGAGAGCAUGAAACUCAUGGAAGAGAUUGAAGACCUUCGUAAAAAGAAAGCUGCAGCAGAAUUGGAGUACCGUAAUUCAAUGCCUGCCUCGAGUUAUCAGCAACAGAAAUUAAGAGUGUGUGAAGUCUGUUCAGCAUAUCUUGGUAUUCAUGACAAUGACAGACGAUUGGCUGAUCAUUUUGGUGGCAAGCUUCAUCUUGGGUUUAUCAAAAUUCGGGAAAAGCUUGCUCAGCUACAGGCAACUGUUGAAGAGCGCAAGAACCAGCGACGGAAUGACGGAAGAGGCGACAGAGACCGUGACAGAGAAAGAGAGGACAGAGACAGAAUGAGAGAUCGCGGUGAUCGGAACAGGGACAGAGAUCGUGACCGCGACCGUGAUCGCGACCGUGAGCGGGACCGGGACCGUGACCGUUACAGGGAACGUGACAGGGACAGGGACCGCGACCGCGAUAGACGGGACAACAGAGAUAGGGACAGGGAUCGUGAGAGGGACAGGGACCGUGAUAGGGACAGAGAACGAGGCAAGCGCAGUCCCAGUGACAGUCGUAGUGAGAGUGGAAGGAGCAAGCGCCGAAGGACACGUUCGCGCAGCAAUUCCAGGUCCCACCGAUCAAGAAGUAGGAGCCGUAGUAGACAAUCCCAUUCCACCAGACGUCGAUCCCGAGAAAAGGAUGACAGUCAUCACUCAUCAUCUCGUGGUGACAGAUACAAGAGAGAUCGGUCUCAUGAGAGGAAAGAUAAGCGAGAGGAAGACCGUCCUAAACCUAUUCCUGAAGAAACUGAGCCAGCAUCAUCACCAAGAAAAACUGAAGAAGCAACCAAUGGAACAUUGACUGGGAAAGAAGAAACACCAGCAAUUAAAGAGAAAAGCGGUGAAUUAAAUGAUGAUACAAGUGAAAAAGAAGAGGGAGAAUUAGGAAACAAGAGUGAAUGAGUAUUUUAAUUUGAUUUAUAAAUUUUGAAUCUAGGUGAGGAAAAUACUGUUUUAAGAUUUUAGUUGGAGUAAAAUUUGCAGAACCACCUUAUCAAAGGUCAUUACUUACCAAGGAAAGUAUAUCAUUUAAGCCACUGAACCAAGGUAUCUUACUUAUUUCACUAAAUGCGGCAGGUCCGCAUGCUGGGUUUUGGACUGGAGUGAUCACCUCUAGAAAUUCAAGGCCUUACACUACCUACUUGUAUGUAUCGUUCAAUAAAUGUACUAACACUGACAAGUCUCCUCUGAGCUUGACUUGACAUCUACCAAUGGCUUGCUAUGUCGUGCCCAGUAGCUCUUUGUGCUCUUCUUUUUUUUUUCAUUGUCAUUUUUGGUACAAUAUAGGCUGUGACCACUGUAAUUCACAUCAUACUGUCAAUGUUACUCUACGUGUCCUAUCACGCAUAUUAUUACUGAUUAUACUUGAAUACCUGCGUGUGAAUGUUUGUGAGUAUGCGCUAGUGCUUGUACUUGUUAGCACUUUGAUUAAUCCUUGGUUAGGCUGAUUCCUUAUAUCGGCUUUCCCUCCCAAGCAUAUGAUUUCUUCCUCACUGGUGUGAUUUUUCUCUUCCAUUUUGAUGAAACUUUGAGUUAUAAAUGUAACCUUUGAUAAAACGGUGAAGCACUUUUCCUUCUGUUCACAAAGCACUUUUUUGUUAUCUUCUCAAUUUUAAAGUAGCCAAAGUUCUACGUACCCAAAGGCUCUUGGUCUAAUGUUUGUAGAUCAUUUUUUGUGUUGUACCUACCUGUCAUCCGUAAACAUCUUUUGUAUUUAAGAUGCCUUAUGAAAUAAAGAUAAACAAAACAUU